GGAAGCUUGCGCAGUCAUUGUUGUACGCAUGCCGAUUCCAUUGGCGCAGGAAAACGGCUAAAUCCUGGGCUGAAGAAGGGAAGAGUUUCGGAAUCUCGGGUCUUCGCUGAAAUGGCCGGUAAGAGAACAAGGUGAACCUCACCCCAGGCAAAGAAGGCCUAUCCUGUUCGGUCAUUCCAUCCCGUACCCCGCAGAGGUCCUUCAGGGCGGAAGUAAUUAUUCGGUGCGGGGGUCAUGUGUCCAUGCGGGGGCAAAAGGGGACAAGCAAUUGAAAGACAUCGCCCAACGUGGAAACAAUACAAGUUCCAGCCGUCAACAUGCACAGAAAAACGGAGAGCGGGAGGGUGCGACUUUCGGCCCCUGUCGGCUCGCGAUAUUCCAAUCAUCGUCGAGAGAUGGUUGAAGAUGAGUAGAGAUGGGAGGACGAGGGAGCAUGCGAGGUUGAGAUUGGGCUAUCGGAAUUUGUGCGCUGGCGUUGUCUGCUACGCUGCCUCGGAUGUGGCGCGUCGUCGAGCAUAGCUACCAGUCGGAGAUGAGUGGAGGUCAGAGGUGAAGGGAUAGGAGAUCGUCGUUGAAAGAUGGGGUCUGCUGAAGAAG